UCAAGUAAAUCUGAAAAAGAGUGGUUGUGAUGUGAUCGUCACCACAACCUACUGUAGCAACAGCUUCGUUAUUUAAGUCUGGGGAAGCAGGCUGUUUUACUUCACUUCAAGCCUUCACCCGCUUCUUUCUCUUUCUCUUCUUUGAUCAGCCAUUCUAAGCUUUCGCCAAGUGAUCAUCACUUACUUCCUGCAGAUUAAGGAUUUCAAAUUCCUUCUUUUGUUUGCUUUUAUAUUCCAUUCCUUCAUAUUUAGUCUGUUUUCUCCUUGUUGUUUUCCAUUUCUCAUUUUGAUUCCAAAACCACAAUCUUUUCUCCUCUCUCUUCUUUUUAUGUUAAUUGCUUAUUAUUAGUUGAUUUUCUUUCCAAUUCUCAAUCUUUUUCCUGUCCCUGUCCUGAACUUGUUUUCCUACAAAAAAAAAAAAAAACAAAAAAAAAAAGAACCAAUUAAGGAGCAAAUGGACACACUUGUGGGAACUGGAGUAACAAAAGUUACAGAACCGUUGAUUGAUUCAGUAUUGCGUCAAAUUGGGUAUAUAUGGAACUACCGGGACAACCUCCAGAGCUUGAGAGCUCAAGUACAAAAACUGAAAGGUGAAAUGCAAGUUUUGGAGCAUAAAAUGGAGAAUGCUAGACAAAAAGGAGAACAAAUUGAAGAUCUUGUGAAGAGCUGGCUGAAAGAUGCGAAUGAGAAAAUUGAAGCUUCUGAGAAAAUUUUGGAAGAUAAUGACAGAGCGAAUCAUUUUUGCUUUAUGGGAUGCUGUCCUAAUAUGAAGACCCGCCACCAGUUCAGCAGAAAAGCAAAUAAAAAGACACAAGUUCUGGUUGAGGUUCGAAACGAAGGCAAGUUUGAGAAAAUCUCCUACCGCACUGCUCUCAAGGGGAUAGGCCCUCCUAAGGAUUAUGAAGCCUUUGAAUCCAGAAUGCUAAUUUUGAACCAAAUGCUGGAGGCUCUAAAAGAUGUUGAUGUUACUAUGAUUGGGGUGUAUGGAAUGGGAGGUGUGGGCAAGACAACACUAGAGGAAGAAAAUUCUCUUGUAAUUCUUGAUGAGUUUUGGGAACUAGAAGAUAUCGGAAUUCCUCUUGGCACCGAACAUAAAGGAUGCAAGAUACUGAUGACAUCCAGAAAUCUAAAUGUAUUGCAUGAGAUGGGCACAGAGAGGAAUUUCAAGCUUCAAGUUUUAGAGGAUGAAGAGGCAAGGGAAUUAUUUGAGAAGAAGGUGGGAACUCUAAAACAUUCGCAGAUAAAACCUAUGACAGAUGAAGUUGCAAAGAGAUGUGCAGGUUUGCCAAUUUCAAUUGUGGCAGUUGCAACAGCAUUGAAAAAUAAGGGGUUGGAAGAAUGGAAGGAUGCAUUGGAACGGCUGAAAAGGUCUGAUGCGGAUGAUAUGGAUAAGCAAGUUCAAUCUUGUUUUGAUUUAAGCUACAGAUAUUUGGAAAAUGAUGAAAUCAAAUCACUAUUCUUACGCUUAAGCGCAUAUUUAUUUCUUAGCGAUAGAGUAGACCAAUUGCUGAAAUAUGUUUUGGGCUUGAGUUUAUUCAAGCCAUGCAGAAACUUAGAGGAAACAAGAAAUAGACUUCAUAAGUAUGUUAAUGACCUCAAAUCCUCAUGUUUGCUGCUAGAAGGUCGGAGGGAUGGAGAAGUCAAAAUGCACGACGUUGUUCGCAGUUUUGCUAUUUCAACUGCAUCUAGGGAUCAUCACGUCUUCACUGUAGCACAUGACAAGGUAUUAGAAUGGCCACCUAAAUCUAAACUUGAACAGUGCACCGCAAUCUCUUUAUAUUGUACUGAAAUACCUGAGUUUCCGACAACACUUGAAUGCCCGCAACUGCAAUCAUUUCUACUAAGUUAUCCUGGUUUGGGUCUCUCGUUAAGAAUCCCAGAUGACCUUUUUACUAUGACAACAGACCUGAAAGUUUUGGAUUUAACAGGCAUAAGUUUAUUGUCACUACCUUUGUCAAUUCAAAUUCUUGAGAAUCUUCAAACCUUGUGUUUGGAUGAUUGUAAGUUGGAAGAUAUAAGUAUAAUCGUAAAGCUCAAGAAGUUACAAGUUCUCAGCCUUAUGAACUCUGAUAUUGUUCGAUUGCCAAGGGAAUUGGAGCAGUUGACUCAUCUGCGACUUUUAGAUUUGAGCAACUGUUCUAGCCUAGAAGUGAUUCCUCGCAAUGUCCUGUCAAAGUUAGUCCGAUUGGAGGACUUGCGUAUGGGUAACGGCUUUGUACAAUGGGAGGGAGAAAAACAAGGUGGUGUAGGGAAAAAUGCUAGCCUCUCUGAAUUGAAGGCUCUAUCAAAUCUAGUCGCUCUAGAGAUACACAUUCUUGAUGCAAAUAUACUGCCUAGAGAUUUGUUCUCUGAAAAGCUGGAGAGAUUUAGAAUAUUCAUUGGGGAUGGGUGGAAUUGCUCUGAUGAUAUGUAUGCAACGUCAAAAGUGCUGAAACUCAAGUUUAACACAAGUGUUCACCUUGAGGGAAUAAAAGUCUUAUUGAUGACAACUGAACAUCUACAUUUGGAUGAGCUGAACGGUGUAAAAAAUAUCCUCCAUGAGUUAGACGAAGAAGGUUUUCCAUACUUGAAGAAACUCUACAUCCAAAAUAGUCUUGAUAUUGAACAUAUUAUAGACUGGAGGAGGAUGAGCCAUUUCAUUGCUUUCCCCAAGUUGGAGUCAUUAUUUCUACAAAAUUUAAAGAAAUUGGAGAAGAUUUAUCACGGCCGUUAUGUGAUGGGGUCUUUCAGCAAUUUAAGAAAAUUAAAGGUCGGAAAUUGUAAUGUAUUGAAGAAUCUCUUUUCGUUCUCUAUGCUCAAGGGUCUUGUGGUGCUCGAAAAAAUAAAUGUAAGCCGUUGUGAAAUUUUGAAAGAGAUUGUUGCUAUGGAAACAAGAGAAGAUUCUGAAAUUAAGUUGCCACAGUUACGCAAAUUGAAAUUGGAAAAUUUACCUCAGCUUACAUGCUUUUGCUCCCAAGGGGAUGUGCCUUCCAUAUCCCAAAGCCAGCAACAGCUUCUACGAGCUCUGGAGAAGUCAUAUUGGAGGAUGAAUCUGCAACUCUUUAAAAACUGUUAUUUAUGUUUUGGAGUUGACAGUACUUCCAUUUUCUCUAUAAGUAUGUUGAGUUUGACAUUUUCAGAAUUUGAUGUUAACUCCAUGAAAUUUUUACUUCAGAUUUUGUUUCCCAACUUGGAAAAUCUGCGUAUCACGAACAUGCACACAUUGAAGAUGAUAUGGAACGAUGAACUCUGUGUGGAUUCCUUUUAUAGAUUGAAAGUACUCGAAGUAGAGCAUGGAAAAGAACUAUUGAAAGUUUUUCCAUCUAAACAGUUGCUGAGAUUCAAGAACUUAGAAAGAUUGAUGGUUAAGGAUUGUAAUUUAGUGGAAGAGGUAUUUGAUCUCCAAGUAUUGAUGAAAAUACAAGAAGAAACAGAUGUUGCAGCAACCACUCAGACUCAAUUGAGAUAUUUGAUUGCAAGAGAACUCCCAAAUUUGAAGAAUGUAUGGAAUGGGGAUCCUAGUGGAAUUUUGUCCUUUCAUAACCUACAAAAUGUGCAUGCAUGGGAUUGUCCAAAUUUGAAAGAGCUAUUCCCAUUUUCAAUAGCUCAAAGUCUUCCACAACUUGAACUGCUGAAUAUAGAUGGUUGCGGGAUGGAGGAAAUUGUUGCCAAAGAGGAAAGAGCAGAAGCAACUCCUAAGUUUACAUUUGGUCGACUGAAGUCCUUAUACCUUUGGAGAUUAAAUGGAUUAAAGUCUUUUUACUCAGAAAACCACAUCUUAGAAUGUCCGCAGUUAGAAAAAUUGAGUGUCUAUGGCUGUGAUAAAUUGGAAAUUUUUACUUCAGAACCUGGGGAUUUGCAAACAAUGGAUUUGGAGAAGCAGGAGACUCAAUUGAAGAUUCAGGUUCCGCAGCCAUUUUUUUCAUUUAGAAAGGUAUGUAAGAAAAUGUGUUUUUUUCAAUUUUAA